AUGCGAUCAUCCAUCGCUUGCUCUAGAUGCAGACGCAGCAAGACCAAAUGCGACAACAAUGGCAUUCGCGACAGCACUGGCGCCCUCGCUGCUUGCAGAUCGUGUGUAGCAGGCAACAAAGUUUGCGAUUAUCCUGCACCGCAGCCGCCAAACAGUAGCCAUUCGCAUCGACGUGAAAGCACAGUGACAACAGCUGGUGAAGAGGCACCACCAAAGAAGCGUAAACGACCCGCGGUACCAAUAGCAGACCUUCCCUCUCACAGCAAAGGCGCUCUUGGAACUCUGGAAGAUGCUCACAAAUCGCCCCUGCUAACGUCCAAGGUUUGGGAUGAGCUAUGGGCGAUUCACGAGAAACACUAUGCAACCGAAUUCUCUUUUCUGCACAAGAGGACAUUCCUCGGUCCUCUCCAAAGAGUGCUGACAGUUUCCUCGUCGGAAAAAGGGCCCGACUCACAAGGCCAACGCAGUCAUGACCCUGCCUUAGUCUUGGCAUUCCUCACGCAGACCUCCCCAUUCCACCCCGAGCUUGUAGCACAGACCGGCAAGCCCUACGAUACUGCUGAGUUUUAUGCAGCAGCCACACGCAAGUACCUCAACUAUGACUUCAGUGGGGAAGGCGACACGGCUCUGCAGCAGAUCCAAGCAUUUCUCAUGCUUGGCUAUUAUGAGUGGACCGCAUGUCACAGCCGGAAUGGCUACAUGUUGAUUCGGACGGCCGUCAACUUUGCACAAAUGAACGACUACCAGUAUGACGAGGACCUGGAAAAAGGAGCCGAUAAUAGCGACGCAGUCUCCAAGCGCGACCGCUUCAUUAAACAGGAAUCCCGACGUCGUACUUUCUGGAGCUGUUUCAUCUUGGAUCGUUACUUAAGCGUCGGUCGAAGACGCCCUAAAAUUCUACAAGUGGAGGACAUGCGCAGUACCAUCCAAAUUCCUUGCAGCGACAAGAAUUUCAUGUCUGGUCGGGCUGUUAAGACUAGAUUUUACGGAGAAACCGAUACGCAGUAUGAAGAGCGGCGGAGAAUCUUACGUGAAGAAGCUCUGCGUUGUCAUAACGGACAGAAACCUGAAAAAGUGGAAUGGGAAGACCGCGAGGAUGAUGGCGUGCUCGGUCGAUACAUUUUUGCGCUCGAUCAUUUCUCUGAUGUGACCAAGUGGGCUAACAAAGGAGGCAGACGAUCGGAACGUCCAUCAAACAUGGGACCUUGGAAUCCAGACACAACAUAUUACAAGCUCGAUAAACGUCUCAGAGAAAUCAAAGACGACCUGCCGGAUGAGCUUCGGCUUACACCUCUGAAUACAGAAAACCAUAUCUACGGGGCUCCUUCUGGUACCUCGAGAACAUAUUUCCUGAUACACGCCAUUCUUACGCUCUCCACAACAUAUCUUGCUCCUGAAUACCUGGCGACGUUUCCAUUCCGAUUGCCAAAGCCACAAGGUCCGCUUGACGAACCACUGGUGACUGAGCCUUUACCCUCUGGCCAGCCAAACUACUGGGUUGAGAAGGCUGCAGAGUGCUUUGAGUAUGUGAGAGACUUUGUCAGUAUACUCCAGUCUUUCAAAGAAAGAAACCAUGUCGUGGAAUCUCCUAUCGUAGGGCACGCGAUUUACAAGGCGGCGUGGUGCGCUUGUUACUGCCACCAUGUCCCUCGAAUGGAUCCGACGCGGGCAUUGGAUUCCCGACUCGAGCCUAACGCGUGGGACAUCACAAACGAAGUCAUGGAUAGCAUGAAGCGCAAGUUCAGGAUUGCAAAUAUAUGGUCUGUCGAGCUUGCGAGGGUCAAAGCUUACUACACAGAGAAGAGGAAAGAAUACAAAAAUGCAGGAGGUUCCCCGGAGAGCACCACCAGCGACAACGGUGGCGGACUGAAGAUAUAUUCAGAGCUCUUCGAAGCGCCCCACAAACAGUUUGGAAGCCUCCGACAUGACAAGCAAGACCUGACGCAGCCCAACGAUAGGCCUUACAGCAAACUGGAACACGAAGAAGAGUCCGAGGAACCUACAACAACAAACAGUCCUGACGUCCCGUUUAAGACGGAAAGCGAGGAGCUGCAGAGGAGCAACUCGGCGUCCACGUCCAUAAAGUCCACUACUUUCACGCCUGUCAACCCGACAAACGUCAUCACGUCGGUGCAAACAAACGCAAGAAACAAUGCUUCUAUUGCACCAAACAAUACGCGAGCGUCGUAUGGCCCUCCCGUUCACCAAGGGUCACAGCAGCCGCAACAACCGCAGCCAUAUCCUAGCCAACCUCUUCAUUACGAACAGUCGUCAGGCUACGUCUAUUCAGCCAGCACACCAGCAUACUCUCAACACACACCUCAGUACAAUCAUCACCAAACCUAUGCUCAAACCUCCGGACCUACCCAGGGUCCAGUCAGCAGUUCAUACGACCCGCAAGCCCUGAUCAAUUUGGAAAAAGAGGGCAACAAAUCCAUUGUCAACACCGACCUACCCUUCUUCGAGGGCGAGUGGGAUCUAUCGAACCAGCAAAGCGUUCUAGCCCCCGGUUAUCCAUACAAUCAAUUCCAACCACCAACGCAGUACAUGCCCGACUCGCAGGGUCCAUACAUGUAUUCCGGACCAUGGACCGGCGCUGGCUGA